GUUACUGCCAUCUUCGGUGGUUUGUCUCUCUCUUGAUCCAUAGAGGUCAUAUUUUUUUAAAGAUGGUUGUUCAUUCAUCUGCAAGUAUGAAUGAGAUUCAUGCUUUGUCCAAAUUGGUUGAUAGAUGAGAUGUGUGCAUGAACAGACUAGGUUGACUUGCCUUUCUACAUUUCAUUACCAAAUAAAUUAAAAGAAACUUUACACUGUGUAUUAAAGUUUUUUUAUUACAUUACUGCAGAAAUAUCUGCCGUGGUUUUUUUUUUUUACAUCUGUUUGUUUUAUUUUCAAUAACUCCAUUCAUUGUUUUUAUUUCUAUCUUAUUUUUGUGUGUAUUUCCUUUUAUAAGUUGACUUGAAACCGAUUUGAUCUCUCAAUAAAUAAAAAAUAUAGCAUUUCUCACACAAUUAACAGCUUUAGGAGCUUCUCAGUCACUGAGCGGAACUCGGAACUAAAGCUAAACGAAGGGGACUGUUUAGUAUGUGACACCGUUGUCCAAAAAAGCCUAUUUGCGUGUUUUAAUUCUUUUAACCAUUAAUAUUUAAUUUAAGAGGAACUAUUUCAGCUAGAUAAACGUAGAUGUUGGAUUUUAAGCUUUAGAAGUGAGGAUGGUGAGACUCAUGCCUCGUUACUGGAGCGUUUUAUUGAAGAAGUGGAGCUGUCGGCGCGGUGGUUAGCCGUCCGCGACCAGGAAUUAUCCUGUUCCCGGGAGCGGUUCUUCCCCAGGGACGGGAUGGAUGCGCGGCACAGGGCUGGGGUGUUCUACAGGGCCAUGCCUGCUGUGGGGGCGGAUGGGAAAAACAUCAUGAAGCUCAUUCCAGUCCCGAUGGCGAGGAGGCGCUUCGACCAAACGCUGCCGGGCCGGCCCCCGUCACACCUGCAGAAGCCCCCCUCCCGUGCUGCUCCACUGCUGCAGAACCGCAGAGACCUCCAGCUUCCAGUGACAGUGAAGUCCCCCGCCCUCCCCCAGGGUCAGUGCCUGCAGAUCCCCCCCCACGCUCAGGUGCAGCGAGUCCCCGCGUCCCACCUCCCACCAGGAGUCAAGGAGCGGAUCUUUGCUUCGUCGCCCAGCUCCGGCCUGGCCAGCGUGGUGUACGUGUCCCCGGUGACCGCCGUGGACCAGGCCCCCCCAGGGCCCCCCAGACCGCUCUGUACGGGGCUGAAGCCACAUCUAAAACUGAUUCCAAAGGUGUCGCAGAGGCCCAGCAGCCCCACGCGGUGGGUCAUUGAAGAGGCUGAGGACCCUAAACCCCCCCCCGCCUCAGGUGUGCACGAGGACGCGCUGGUGGUCUGCAACGGGAAGGUGUUCUUUGUGGGCCUGAAGAGCAGCUCAGCUCUGAAGACCGCCCCAGAAACCAGACCCCCGAACUGCAGACCUCCCCCUGAGUCAGGAGAGGUGAUUGACCUCUGUGAGGAGGAGGAGCCUGACGCUGCAGGCCCCCGCCCUGAUGAAGACAACGUCAUCUUCGUGUCCUACACUCAUCCCCGCUCCGAGCCUGGCUCCACCCACGACCCGACCGCAAAGGGCCCCUCCCUGCUUACCUCUUCGGGGGGUGGGCGGAGCUUCUCGCUUGGAGACGUUGACGUGGUCUGUUCUUCAGAGGCGACACGUGAAGAACAGAGGGCCAUGGACCCCCCUUUAAUGGACCCCCCUUUAAGGGCGGGACUUCCUGCAGAGAAAGUACAGCCGUGUGAAGAUCCAGCAUCCUCCCGGACCGGGGUUCUGGGGUUCCGGGAGGGCGACCGUCGGCUCAUGAGGAUGUUCGGGAUCCACGCGGAGCUGAGGGUCACCCUGCCGAAGAUCCACGCUGCUGCUGCACACCUGCAGGGCGAGGAGCCAACGGGCCGCCGGAUCGAGGUCGAACCGCUCCGCCUGAACAGUCCAGGAGAAGCAGACGGCGGUGCCCCCCCAGGGGAGAGCUGGUCCCCCGGUGAGGAGAGCCGCUGCUGCCCCCAAUCACAGUCUAUGGUUGGCUAUGUGGAGCCGAUAGACGAGGACCUCCCUGAAGUGCCCCCGCCCCCCCAGACCUGUGCGGCUGUCAGCAGGAGGAGGGUGGGCCGGACCAGGAAGCGGACCACAUGUCCUUGUUGCAUCCCAGCUGCUCUGUUUCCUGCUUGGAAAUCUGGCCCAGAAGAGGCUGGGGGGGGCACCGACAGCACCAGUGAAGGCCCCAAAAAGAGACGGAAGAACCUCCUCGAGGAUCAGCUGUGUGACGGACAGCUGAGCUCGAGGGGGGGGCCGUUUCUGUAGCUUUAUUUUGGAAGAUUUCUCUUCAGAGAUGAGGCUUUUAUUGUGAAAAAUCCAAACUACUGACUUAGUGUUUUCCAGAUGUUUUGAUCCAAACUUCAGCAUAAACCUGUAGUUGUUACUGACUGACCCCCUCACCCCCCCGCAGCACAGACAGGUGUGCAUGAGAGCGUGCACGUCAGGGUCAAAGGUCACCAGCUCAACAGAACUUUUCUAAAGCAGAUCCAGUUCGUCAUGAAUGCAGAUGAACACGUUUGUGUUCAACAAGACUGAAGCUGCAUUACGACUCGAGUUCGAUUGUCUCCUGACUCCCAGGCAGGUUUUCUUCUCAACAAUAAACUCUUUCCUGUCAUGUUUCA